AGUCCCCACCUCUGGCCAAAAACACAAAAAACUCACACAGAGAGAAGAAGAGAGAGUGCGUGUGUAUGUGAAGACGACGCGCAAGCAGAUCCAUUCUAAUCAUCCAUAUUCUUCUUCCCACCGACACUUUUCAUUUCUCCCUUCUCUCGCCGACCCUCUCUAUAUUUAUAGUUCCUGCCGGUGAAGUUUCUUGAUUGACAUUCUGGACUUUACCCUCUCUCUCUCUCUCUCUUUACUUUUUUAAGUAUAAAAGAGACUCCUUUCUUCAUGUGUCUCUCUGCAGACUUAAUGGAGAAUUGAUGCUUUUCCAGAAGGCUGAUUCGACAUUAACCCCUCAAAAUUGUGAGAUUCGGAGUUAAAAAAAAUAAAAUAAAACCAUUAUGUUCAAGCUGUUGCCUCGUCGGAACCAGAGAAACAAUGGCUUCAAAGUGAAGCACACUCUUCAGAUAUGUGUCCUGGUUGGCAUUUGCAUUUGGCUGAUUUACCAAGUCCAGCACUCCCGCGUUGAGAAAGACGCCUCUGCCCAAUCCACAAGCCUCUCUGAGAAGGUAGAGAAUGGGAGUGGUGUCUUUAAGUUGGGAAGGAAGGACCCACCGCCUCAAACUGAUGAUGAAAAAGCUGGGGAUUUGACACACAAUGAGCUCGAUGAGGAGGGCAAUGAUCUUGAGGUUGUUGAAGAUGAGAGUGAUACAGGCAACGAUGAUGCAGAAGCUAAAGCAGAUGAUAACCCAGUGACUGAAAGCAAAGAGAACUUUGGAACUGAAAAAAAUGAAACUUUGGAGGGCAGUGAACCCAAGAAAACUACCGAAGAAAAGAGCGAAAAUGACGAAGAAGAGCAAAGUGGAAGUACAGAACAAGAAGUAGAGAAAGAAAGGGGUGAAAAUGGCACCGGAGAAGAUAAGAAUGAGAAGGAAGGGGAAGAUGUGACAGGGAAAGAGUCCACAGCAGAAAGUAGAAGUGAAGAAGAGAAUAUGGGAAGCAGAGAGGCUGGAAGUGAGGAAACAGACGAAAAUGGAGGCGAAGAUAAUGAUGUUCAAGUGGAGGAAAACAAUGAGAGUCUCAUCACGGAAGCAAAAGAGGAAGACAACUCUACCCAAACUGAAGAGAAAAACAUGAAAGAAAACCCAGAUUCAAAUUCGACAACUCCAUUAACGAACGAAGCACUUUCAGAAUCUUCAGCUGGUGGGCUAAAUAGUGACAGCACAGACUCUACUGGUUCGGAAGAAACGGAUAAACUGUCAAAUGGAGAUGAAAACAACUCGGCUGAUUCUUCGAACACCCGAAACGAAGAAUCUGUCCAAAACAAGAUUCAAGACGAUGUGCAACAUGCCCAUGUUGAAUCGUCCAGUUCAGUUCCUGAAGGAGAGAAGGAUGCCGGUACAGAGAUGGGAACUUUGCCAGGAUCUGAAGGAAACAAUGAUGAACAUGGUUCUUCCACUGGAUAAAGAGAUCUCCUUUAAUUUAUUCAUUUAAGAGGUGAAACAUUGUAAAGGUUUCUUGGCCGGGCGGUGCUAAGGCCACAUUGUAUGAGUAUAGCUUUUUACAGUCCAUAAACUCCCAUAUAGGGGAGACAUCAACUAUAUAUAAUGUAUGUAUGAUUGUAUGAACCUGAAUGAUUUGGUAAGAAGUUCUUAUGAAAGUUCCUUUUUAAUACAGUAGAUGGAUUUAA